CUUCCUAUACGCAAUAACCCGACAACUAAUAGAGACGUCAUAACCUCCUAAAAUCAUUGUAUGUGUGUAAUUCUCUUUCAUAAAGCAUACACACCUUCUUCAAUCCUUUCCCAUCUCCCAUGGCCUUAUCCGCCCUCUCUCCGCCGUUCGCCACCGCUCGGGCCCGCCACCUUCUCAACCCCGAAUCUCCGCCACACUCCCACCACAGCCGCCCCUUUCCCGGCCAAAAGCACGACACCUCCAUCUCAUCGUAAAUGGACCGCGAACGCCUCAUUCUUCUCGGGUCCAUCGAAAAACAAGAGGAGCAGCUACGCAGAAGCUGUAAAGCAAGAGCUCCUCGACGCCAUUCGCCCUCUCGACGGCGGCGCCGACGCCACCCCUGAAGAUCAGAAACUCAUCGAUCGUAUAACUAGGAAGCUUGAAGCAGUGAAUCCGACAGCGCAGCCGGUGAAGUCUGAUCUGCUGAAUGGGAAGUGGGAGCUUAUUUACACCACUUCACAACCUAUUUUGCAGACAUUGAGGCCUAAGGUGUUUAGAAGCAGAAGAAACUAUCAAGCAAUCAAUGCAGAUACACUUCGAGCUCAAAACAUGGAAUCUGCACCUUUCUUCAAUCAGGUUACUGCAGAUUUGACAAUUUUGAAUGCUAAGAAGGUGGGUGUUAAAUUCGACUAUUUCAAGCUUGGAGGUUUGAUACCUGUAAAAGCUCCUGCAAAUGCUGUAGGUGAGCUUGAGAUCACCUCCCUAGAUCAAGAACUGAGAGUAUCAAGAGGUGACAAAGGGAAUCUCUUUGUCUUGAAAAUGGUCGAUCCCAAAUAUAGGAUACCUUCUUGAUCAUUCGCCUCUCUUUUUCGUUUGAGAAGGUCUUGUAACAUGUCUUUAUCCAUUGCUAAAUUUGCAGCACUAUAAAACCAAUGGGCAACGGCUACGUAGUUAACUUAUAUUUCUACUAAAUUUGUUAUGUAAAACAAAUAAAAUUUGAGUGAAAUUAGUGGGA